AUCCCGUUGCCCAACAUGGCUUCCACGCUAAUGUUCUGGAACAAGCAGAACUCCAACUCCAACCAAAAUGGAAACGAUGCCAAGAACACAAAAAACGGCCGCAACUGGUUGCACGCGCCAGAUGUGCUCGUCAACGGGCACGUCGCUUAUCUAGUCAAAUACCUCGGUAGCACUCCCGUGGAGCAGCCAAAGGGUAUCGAAGUCGUCAAGGAAGCCAUCCGGAGGCUGCAGUUCACACAGCAGAUGAAGAAGGCAGAGGGCGGUGGCAAUGUGAAGACAAAGAAGGUGGAAAUCACCAUCAGUGUGGACGGUGUAGCUAUACAGGAACCACGAUCACUGACUAUCAUGCACCAGUUUCCGCUGCACAAGAUAUCCUACUGCGCGGACGAGAAGGGCGUUAAGAAAUUCUUCAGCUUCAUCGCCAAAACCGGCACGGCCGCAACGACCACGGCCUCCAUCAGUUCUGUCGAUGAUACGAACAGCUCGAAUAACUCCACCACCAGCAACGGUACUGAGGACCGGCACGAAUGUUUCGUGUUCAUCUCGAACAAGCUCGCCUCGGACAUAACGCUCACGAUCGGGCAAGCAUUCGAUUUGGCCUACAGGCGUUACGUCAGCGAUAGUGGCAAAUCGCUCGAAUCGGUCAAGCUUCUCGCGCAGAAAAAACAGCUGGAACACACGAUCACCGCCUACCGGCAACGGCUGCGUGACCUAUCUGAGCUGGUAUCGAAGGCGGAACUGGAGAAACUGCUACUGAAGAUGGGCCUCAGAGAUAUUUGUGAUGUACCAGCGCUAGAAAAUGGCGUCGAAGGCCAUAACAAUUACAGCAGCAAUAAUAACAACAUUAACAGUAACAACCAUAAUGUCAAUGGCAGCAAGACGCCUGAUUUGGGAAUUGAUGUCUCGUUACCGAACAAUGACGAUCAACUGCUGAUCGAAACGUCACCAAAACACUUUGCACCGCUCGUACCGCCGAGAAAUAUUCAGAAUCAAAUUAACAACACACUAGAAGCACUCAAACCAUCGGUCGGUACCAAGCUGGAGGGAUUGCUUCUGAACUCAGACUCGGACAGUGAUUUCGAUCCACGUGCACCAGAUACUGAUUCGAGUAUCUCCACUGGUGGCGGUAACAAGAUCAGCAACGAUCUGUUCGGCUUUGAGCCACCGAAACCAGCGAAUGCCACCCUUGGCCAGCAGCUUUUUGGCAGUGUCACCAACAAUGGCCAUAACAAUGGAUUCACCAACGGAAACGGUGCUGUCACGAACGGAUUUGGCGCUCCGAACAGUCCUCCUCCCAUUUUGGCUCCUCCACCAGCAAAGUCCGCUCCGCGACGAACGGUACCACAGAGCAACGGAACAACCAAUGGAAACAGCGCGUACCAGGACCUAUUCGGAUCGGUACCAUUUAAUCCGCAGGGCAGUGAUGAUUCGACAACAACGACGGAAGAUUCGUCCUCCCAUAUGCAAAACGAUCGCUCGUGCUCCGUCAACUCGGCCAACCUCAAAUCGGGAUUCGGUCCAUUCUCGCAAGAAGUGAACGUACUGAGCAAAAAUUCGUACCAUCUCGAUUCGAUCCUUGCGUACGGUGCGGGUUGCAACGGGUCGGGCGCUUUUAACGAACCAACCGUCCCAACCAGCAACACCGUCGGAACCGCUGCAAAUCUGGCCUCUAAAUUGAAUCCGUUCGCGGCGGCGAUCCGCAACAGUAAUCCGCUCGCUGCCGUGCAGCACAAAGCCGCCGCAUACGACGUGUUCAAAAAUGCGAGCGACAAGGAACGGUUAACCACUAACACCGGUACGGUCUCACAGCCAACAUCGUUCGAUGUGGACGAUGGUGAAAUGGCACACAGUGCUAACAUAACGGCCCCUGCGGCCCUUGCAUCCGACACCGACAUUAACCAAUCGGUUCACAUCUCAUCCGGUCUGGUGAACGAACAGGCUCACGCUUCUGAGGCGCUGUUUGAAGAUUUUGCUUUAUCGGCAUUUAACGAGUUUAAGAAAGAUUUAAGCAUUAACAGCCGCAACGUGAAGCGUCAGUCCUCGUUCCAGCAGGACCGUCUCCAUAAGCCAUCGCUCGGAACACUCAAAUCCAUCGGUGGUAGCCUCGGGGAUGCUAACACUAGUGUUGGGGUUCGUUUGCGCCGGGCCGGUGGUGGCCAUGUGCUACUCCAGCCCGAGAUGAAGACGACCAAGAACGGUUUCUUUAGCGCCGACGAUGUGUUGGAUACGUUCGAUCCGCUAAAGAAGUAA